AUUAACGUCUUGGUGUUGAAACCAGUCAGAUUCGGGAGCCAGACAUCUUGGCAUUCGCCCCAAGCAUGUGUUUGAGUUAAACUAAACGACAAGCGUCCCGACGGUUAAACAAUAAAGUGAAUUCUUCAGGAUAAACGGUACAAUAAUUACUCGAGAUCUGUGGUUUCCAUUGGAACGUUCUCGGCGGUGUUCCAAUAUAACGCAAUGAAAGUGAAAGGAAACGUGAUCGUGCUAUGGUUGGGUAUCGUCGCAUCAGGGUGGACCACAACAGUUACAGGUAGGCCUAAAUGAGAUGCUAGGUAAAAGUGGCUACACAUAGGUUUAAACUCAUGCAAUUUGAGCUGCUUCUUUUUUCUUCCGUGGAAAAUAAAGCAGAUUGGCACUUUAAAGUGUCUGGCGAAUAACAGUAGAACGUAUGGUGGGUGAGUAGGGCACACGUAAGGUGGGUAAGUAGGGCACACGUAAGGUGGGUGAGUAGUGCACACGAAUGGUGGGUAAGUAGGGCACACGUAAGGUGGGUAAGUAGGGCACACGUAUGGUGGGUGAGUAGUGCACACGAAUGGUGGGUAAGUAGGGCACACGUAUGGUGGGUGAGUAGGGCACACGUAUGGUGGGUAAGUAGGGCACACGUAAGGUGGGUGAGUAGUGCACACGUAUGGUGGGUAAGUAGGGCACACGUAAGGGGGGUGAGUAGUGCACACGUAUGGUGGGUAAGUAGGACACACGUAUGGUGGGUAAGCAGGGCACACGUAAGGUGGGUGAGUAGUGCACACUAUGGUGGGUAAGUAGAACACACGUAUGGUGGGUGAGUAGUGCACACGUAAGGUGGGUGAGUAGGGCACACGUGUGGUGGGUGAGUAGGGCACACGUAAGGUGGGUGAGUAGGGUACACGUAAGGUGGGUGAGUAGGGCACACGUAAGGUGGGUGAGUAGGGCACACGUAUGGUGGGUAAGUAGUGAACACAAAGUAAGAUCUCGAUGUCCAUUGUUUAAAAACUCAUUGAAAGCAAAAAUGAGAAUUGCUAACAAGUGAUGGUAACAAAUGAUAAGGAGACAGUUGGUCUUCAACGUUAGUCAAGUAAAUAUUGGGUUGGUAGGGUUUGUGUACAAUGUCUCAACUUUGAACAACAAUGUGUGCCAUGCCUUAUCUUUAAACUACAAUGUGUACAAUGCCUUAUCUUUAAACUACAAAGUGUACAAUGCCUUAUCUUUAAACUACAAUGUGUACAAUGCCUUAUCUUUAAACUACAAUGUUUACAAUGCCUCAUCUUUAAACUACAAUGUGUACAAUGCCUUAUCUUUAAACUACAAUAUGUAACAUGCCUUAUCUUUAAACUACAAUGUGUACAAUGCCUCAUCUUUAAACUACAAUGUGUACAAUGCCUCAUCUUUAAACUACAAUGUGUACAAUGCCUCAUCUUUAAACUACAAUGUGUACAAUGCUUUAUCUUUGAAAGUGCAAUUGACAUUUUUUUUUUUUGGGGGUUUUUUUUUUUUUUGGGGGGGGGGGGGUUAAUGAAACAAAGCGUUCGUGUUCUUCAUUAGUUUUAAUUAGCAUGAGCCUUAAAAAUACUUUUGACGGUUCGUUAAGUAAGAAUCUCAUGACUUCAGAGUCAAUGUUUGGUACGAUACUGUUGGGUAGCGAAACUGUUGCUAGGUACCGGUACAACAGAACAGUUCGCUACAAUUAGGUACAAUAGAAAUGUUGGGUACAACACAAAAGUUGGGUUUGAUAUUGUUUUGGCGGCUUUGUAAAGUAAACUCAUAGAACAACAAGAGUCAACCUAGGGCAGCGGUUCUCAACAUGUGGGUCGCGACCCAGCGACCCCUUUGGGGGUCGCACGACCUUUUCCUAGGGGGUCGCCUAAGACUAUCAGAAAACACAUGUAAUCUACAGUUAUGACAUAGCAACGAACAAAAAUAUGUGGUUGGGGGUCGCCACAAUAAUGGUAGCUGUAUUAAAGGGUCGUGGCAUAAGGAAGGUUGAGAACCACUGACCUAGAGGGUUUACAGUAAGUAAGGAAGAGCACAGAUAAUCAUACUGGGUACGACUGUCAUUUCAUUUGACAGCACAGAUAAUCCUGCUUGGUAUGACUGCCAUUCCAUUUGACAGCACAGAUAAUCAUGCUUGGUAUGGCUGACUUUCCAUUUGACAGCACAGAUAAUCAUGCUUGGUACGACUGCCAUUCCAUUUGACAGCAGAGAUAAUCAUUCUUGGUAAGGCUGACUUUGUAUAUGACAUUAAAAAAACCUCAUCAAAAUGAAAGUCAUACUACCUCGCCAUGCGUAAUGUGACGGACCUAAACUCACUCUUCCAAGUGAACUUUGUAUUUUCUUUUUGAACAAAACUAAAGAGUUAACAGAUCAAUAUAAAACAGGUUAAAACGCAGCGGUCGCCAACCGAUGGUCCCCUGGCCACUGGUCAUCAUCACCAUCAUCGCCUGUCGUCCCAUCUGGGGCAUAGGCCACAAACAAAGGCUCUCCAGGCAUCCCGGUCUUGGGCCAGUCUCUCCAGCUGUCCCCAGUGGUGCCCACUCUUUUUGGUGCCUGCCUCCAGUUCCCUUCUCCAAGUUAUUUUGGGUCGACCUCUUUUUCUCUUGCCCUGGGGGUUCCAAGUGAGGGCUUGUCUCGUGGUACUGGAUGUAGGCUUUCCGAGGGUGUGACCAAUUCUGAUCUAUCUGCGCUGGCAAGACUAACGCUUCCACUGGUUCUUGUUGUGUGCGCCGCCAGAGAUCCUCGUUGGUGAUGACGUUGGGCCAGCGGAUUCGUAGAAUCAUUCGGAGACAUGAUUUGAUCAACUGGUGCUCAGCAAUAAAUAAAAUUUUGGCGGUCGGCAGAAAAAUCGAUAAAAUUUUUUUUUUUUUUUUCAUUUUAGGUACCAAACAGUUCACCCUGCGCCAAGAUAUCAAAUUAUUUUCCCAGCAGCAAAAGACAAAAUACAAAAAUAAAAAGUGUCAACACUUUUCUGACGAUGAGUUUGUAGCCAAGAUAUUUAUUCGUUGUUAAUUUAAAGAGCUACACACAUCCUUGCAAGGAUAACUUAAGGACGUGUUCACACUACGAUGUAAAUGCAUGCUUUUCAAAAAGAAAAUCUCAGUGGCAAACAAGGUUGGCUGACGAAGAUCUGCAAAUAGUUUCAAAUUUUGAUGAAUAUAGAACAGUAUAACGUGAGAAGGACGUCGACCGGCAGUUGGUGACCAUUGCUCAACGGCAUCUACAACCAGUCACAGAAGGACGUCGACCGGCAGUUGGUGACCAUUGCUCAACGGCAACUACAACCAGUCACAGAAGGACGUCGACCGGCAGUUGGUGACCAUUGCUCAACGGCAUCUACAACCAGUCACAGAAUCUUUCGGCCUUAACCACCCACAGAAGGACGAUCUCGCAUGUUGUUUAUAAUAGAUCUAUUUGUAACAAACAUUGCAGAUGGCAAGUUAGGCAUAAAUGAAAAUGAAAGCUCUGACGACUGUCUCAAAGCUUGAUUCCAGUCAGGCCUCAUCAAGACAACCCAUUUGUUGACUCUAUACAAAAGAAACACACAUUGCCGAGCAAGCAAUGAACAUUUUGAUUCAAUUUUCAACAACACAUUUUUUUGCGAAAAGACAUUUUCAUCUGUCACAGUAACUAAAUCCGGGCUCGGUUUGAAAUAAAUACGGCUCUCCGUCUUGCUAUGACGUCACUGGAAACGUAGAUCAAACGUGCCGGAACAAAUACCACACUAGAAAUAUGCAAUACUUAUAUAUUAUAUCAGCUUCAAUUAUUUUGUAAUAACGGCUAACUUUAACAUGUUUGUUGCCAUACUUUAAAGAUUCUGUUACUAUAUUAUAAGCUUGUGCAAAUCUGUUUUAUUAAUUAGGGGCAUUUCUUAAACUCGUUUUAUAAAGUAAAAAUGGUCUGAUCAUUAUUGUACUAUUUACUAUUUUAUUUUAUUUUUGGUUUUCGGCUGAGAUUUUGCAUACAAUAUAAAAAAAAAAAUUGCCCCCCCCCCCCGAAUUACUGACGGCGUAUUUACCCAAAUCAAGAAUCGAGUUUUCCUUUCCCAACUCCGCCUUUGUGAUCUAAAUCUUUUUUUUUUUUUUUUUUUUUUUUUCGUCGUAAUAUUUUAAAAAAAAAAAAAAAAAAAAAACCCCCCCCCCCCCCCCCCCCCGAAUUACUGACGGCGUAUUUACUCAAAUCAAGAAUCGAGUUUUCCUUUCCCAACUCCGCCUUUGUGAUCUAAAUCCUAACUGAAUCGUGUAGUCUCAACGUGUAGUGUCAACUUAUUGUAUUAAUUAAUAAAUUAAUAUUGUCUUUUGUUUGCUCCGAGUCCGACAUGGGAUAUUCAGUUAGAGUACUAUUUCCCAAAGUCGGGCAGUACGGUGAUUAUCUAUAAUAUUGUCUCUAAGAGACAGGGAUGUAUCAAGCAUUACCUUUAAAUGGUGGUAGAGUUGGACAGUUCACCGUCUAGCUCCAUUUAUUUUUCCCACACUGACCACAAUAUACACCAUCGUUUAAAAGUAAAAAGUCUUUUGACCACAAUAUCUACCUAGUUACCUUAUUGGGGUUUAUUCAAAAAAAACAACAAACAAACAAGCGAAACCAAUCUCAUCAGACAUUUACAGGCUCAUCCCAUCAGACAUUUACAGGCUCAUCCCAUCAGACAUUUACAGGCUCAUCACAUCAGACAGUUAUAGGCUCAUCCCAUCAGUUACAGGAUCAUCACAUCAAUUACAGGCUCAUCCAAUCAGUUACAGGAUCAUCACAUCAGACAGUUAUAGGCUCAUCCCAUCAGUUACAGGAUCAUCACAUCAAUUACAGGCUCAUUCCAUCAGUUACAGAAUCAUCACAUCAGACAGUUAUAGGCUCAUCCCAUCAGUUACAGGAUCAUCACAUCAGACAGUUAUAGGCUCAUCCCAUCAGUUACAGGAUCAUCACAUCAAUUACAGGCUCAUUCCAUCAGUUACAGAAUCAUCACAUCAGACAGUUAUAGGCUCAACCCAUCAGUUACAGGAUCAUCACAUCAGACAGUUAUAGGCUCAUCCCAUCAGUUACAGGAUCAUCACAUCAAUUACAGGCUCAUUCCAUCAGUUACAGGAUCAUCACAUCAGACAGUUAUAGGCUCAACCCAUCAGUUACAGGAUCAUCACAUCAGACAGUUAUAGGCUCAACCCAUCAGUUACAGGAUCAUCACAUCAGACAGUUAUAGGCUCAACCCAUCAGUUACAGGAUCAUCACAUCAAUUACAGGCUCAUUCCAUCAGUUACAGAAUCAUCACAUCAGACAGUUAUAGGCUCAACCCAUCAGUUACAGGAUCAUCACAUCAAUUACAGGCUCAUUCCAUCAGUUACAGGAUCAUCACAUCAGACAGUUAUAGGCUCAACCCAUCAGUUACAGGAUCAUCACAUCAGACAGUUAUAGGCUCAUCCCAUCAGUUACAGGAUCAUCACAUCAAUUACAGGCUCAUUCCAUCAGUUACAGAAUCAUCACAUCAGACAGUUAUAGGCUCAACCCAUCAGUUACAGGAUCAUCACAUCAGACAGUUAUAGGCUCAUCCCAUCUGUUACAGGAUCAUCCCAUCAAUUACAGGCUCCUCCCAUCAAUUACAGGCUCAUCCCAUCAGUUACAGGCUCAUCCCAACAAACAGUUACAGGCUCAUCAGAUCAGACAGUUACAGGCUCAUCCCAUCAGUUACAGGCUCAUCCCAGCAGACAGUUACAGGCUCAUCCCAUCAGUUACAGGCUCAUCCCAGUAGACAGUUACAGGCUCAUCACAUCAGACAGUUAUAGGCUCAUCCCAUAAAUUACAGGCUCAUCCCAUCAGUUACAGGAUCAUCCCAGCAGACAGUUACAGGUUCAUCACAUCGGACAGUUAUAGGCUCAUCACAUCAGACACUUAUAGGAUAAUCCCAUCAGACAUUUAUAGGAUCAUCCCAUCAAUUACAUGAUCAUCACAUCAGGAAGUUACAGGCUCAUCCCAUCAGACAUUUAUAGGAUCAACCCAUCAGUUACAGCCUCAUCACAUCAGACAGUUACAGGCUUAUCACAUCAGACAGUUAUAGGCUCAUCACAUCAGACAGUUAUAGGCUCAUCACAUCAGACAGUUAUAGGCUCAUCCCAUCAGACAGUUAUAGGCUCAUCCCAUCAGUUACAGGAUCAUCACAUCAAUUACAGGCUCAUCCAAUCAGUUACAGGAUCAUCACAUCAGACUGUUAUAGGCUCAUCCCAUCAGUUACAGGCUCAUCACAUCAGACAGUUAUAGGCUCAUCCCAUCAAUUACAGGAUCAUCACAGCAGACAGUUAUAGGCUCAUCCCAUCAGAGAGUUAUAGGAUCAUCCCAUCAAUUACAGGCUCAUCCCAUCAGUUACAGAAUCAUCACAUCAGACAGUUAUAGGAUCAUCCCAUCAGUUACAGGAUCAUCACAUCAAUUACAGGCUCAUCCAAUCAGUUACAGGAUCAUCACAUCAGACAGUUAUAGGAUCAUCCCAUCAGUUACAGGCUCAUCACAUCAGAAAGUUAUAGGAUCAUCCCAUCAAUUACAGGAUCAUCACAGCAGACAGUUAUAGGCUCAUCCCAUCAGAGAGUUAUAGGAUCAUCCCAUCAAUUACAGGCUCAUCCCAUCAGUUACAGAAUCAUCCCAGCAGACAGUUACAGGUUCAUCACAUCAGACAGUUAUAGGCUCAUCACAUCAGACACUUAUAGGAUAAUCCCAUCAGACAUUUAUAGGAUCAUCCCAUCAAUUACAUGAUCAUCCCAUCAGACAGUUACAGCCUCAUCACAUCAGACAGUUACAGGCUCAUCACAUCAGACAGUUAUAGGCUCAUCACAUCAGACAGUUAUAGGAUCAUCCCAUCAGUUACAGGCUCAUCACAUCAGAAGUUAUAGUUAUAGGAUCAUCCCUUCAAUUACAGGAUCUUCCCAGCAGACAGUUAUAAAGGCUCAUCCCAUCAGAGAGUUAUAGGAUAAUCCCAUCAGUUACAGGCUCAUCACAUCAGACAGCUAGGCUCAUCCCAUCAGAGAGUUAUAGGAUCAUCCCAUCAGUUACAAGCUCAUCACAUCAGAUAGCUACAGGCUCAUCACAUCAGACAGUUAUAGGCUCAUCCCAUCAGACAGUUAUAGGAUCAUCCCAUCAGUUACAGGCUCAUCAUAUCAGACAGUUAUAGGCUCAUCAUCCCAUCAGUUACAGGCUCAUCACAUCAGACAAUUAUAGGAUCAUCCCAUCAGUUACAGGCGCAUCCCAGCAGACAGUCAUAGGCUCAUCACAUCAGACAGUUAUAGGAUCAUCCCAUCAGUUACAGGCUCAUCACAUCAGACAGUUACAGGCUCAUCACAUCAGACAGUUACGGGCUCGUCCCAUCAGACAGUUACAUGCUCGUCCCAUCUAACAGUUACAGGCUCAUCCCAUCAGACAGCUACAUGCUACUCCCAUCAGACAGUUACAUGCUCCUCCCAUCAGACAGUUACAGGCUCGUCCCAUCAGACAGUUAGAGGCUCAUCCCAUCGUCCCAUCAGACAGUUACAGACUCGUCCCAUCAGACAGUUACAGGCUCGACCCAUCAGACAGUUACAGGCUCAUCCCAUCAGACAGUUACAGGCUCGAUCCAUCAGAUAGUUACAUGCUCGUCCCAUGUAACAGUUACAGGCUCAUCCCAUCAGACAGUUACAGGCUCGACCCAUCAGACAGUUACAGGCUCGUCCCAUCAGACAGUUAGAGGCUCAUCCCAUCGUCCCAUCAGACAGUUACAGGCUCGACCCAUCAGACAGUUACAGGCUCGACCCAUCAGACAGUUACAGGCUCAUCCCAUCAGACAGUUACAGGCUCAUGUCAUCGGUUAAAGGCACAACAGUUUUUUUUGUGUGUCCGCAGCGGAGGAUGGAGAUGACCGUUGUAGUGAGUCCUCCGUCAUGACAGCAAUGACGUCCUGCCAGGGAGAGAGGCAGNACAGUUACAGGCUCAUCCCAUCAGACAGUGACAGGCUCGUCCCAUCAGACAGUUACAGGCUCGUCCCAUCAGACAGUUACAGGCUCAUCCCAUCAGACAGUUACAGGCUCGACCCAUCAGACAGUUACAGGCUCAUCCCAUCAGACAGUUACAGGCUCAUCCCAUCAGACAGUUACAGGCUCGACCCAUCAGACAGUUACAGGCUCGUCCCAUCAGACAGUUAGAGGCUCAUCCCAUCGUCCCAUCAGACAGUUACAGGCUGGACCCAUCAGACAGUUACAGGCUCGACCCAUCAGACAGUUACAGGCUCAUCCCAUCAGACAGUUACAGGCUCAUGUCAUCGGUUAAAGGCACAACAGUUUUUUUUUUGUGUCCGCAGCGGAGGAUGGAGAUGACCGUUGUAGUGAGUCCUCCGUCAUGACAGCAAUGACGUCCUGCCAGGGAGAGAGGCAGCAGCUGUCCUCGGCCAGUCAAGCCAACAGCACGGCGGAGCUUUGCAGGUCAGUUGAGUAGCUCAAUGUAAUCUAUAAGGGUUGUCCUAAGCUGUGUGUCAAUGGCCGGGUGGAUUGGACGCUAACGAAGUUAAGCAUAUUUUCUGAGAAGGGGGGGGGGGGGCAGGUAAACGCUGCAUAGUAAAUACCUCAAGCAUGUAUUCCGGGGGACAACACAACUAACUUUUUCGGGGCGGGGGUCGGGGUAAAACAUGCAUAGUAAAUACCCUUAACGAAGUUAAGCAUAUUUUCUGAGAAGGGGGGGGGGGGGCAGGUAAACGCUGCAUAGUAAAUACCUCAAGCAUGUAUUCCGGGAGACAACACAACUAACUUUUUCGGGGCGGGGGUCGGGGUAAAACAUGCAUAGUAAAUACCUCAAUCACGUUUUCUCGGAGACAACACAGCUAACUUUUUCGGGGCGGGGGUCGCGGUAAAACAUGCAUAGUAAAUACCCCAAGUACAUAAUCAGGGAAACAACACAAUCAACUAGGGGUGGAGGGGGCUAGGUAAAAGCUGCAUAGUAAAUACCUCAAGCACGUACUCCGGGAGACAACACAGCUAACUGCGUGUGGGAUUUAAAAAUCGACUGUCGAUGCUAAAAUACUUUUGUUUAAACAGUUCAUUUACAAUUUUACCGAAACAAUUUUUUUUUGUUAAAAACACGUCAAGAAAUGUGUCAGUCGGUAACAGACCGCUACAAAAUACACACAUUCUUGGCUCAAUUAAAUUUUUUUUUAAAGAGGGGGGGGGGUUGUUUGGCCGUUUGUUUGCAUUCCAGGAUCAAGACAAUAUUGGCCAAGGUCUUACAAUGCAUCCCCAAUCUUCCCCCCCCCCCUAAAAAAAAAACAAAAGCAAACUAAAAAGCGCUCUCUUUGAUAUCCAUGGCCGCCGAGCGGGGACAAGAAAUCGUUGCUCACUUGCAUUUGAUGAGCCCAACGCCGAGGGCCAGGGGAUUAAGAUCAGCUCGACCAACCAAACAACAGAACUUGACACUGGGUGGCUCUCAAGAAUGUUUUGUUAUUUUAUACUGUCUUUAAUAUCCACAAGCAGCAGUACAUUCUCGUGGUUAAGUCACGUGCCGGAGUCUAGAGCCUUUCCAUAUCAGAGAGGAUUCUGCCAGGUUUGCUUUAGCCUAGGGUGACCAAAUCAUGAACUGGAAAAAACGGGACACACCGAAGGAGGGGUUGGUUUUUUAUUUUUUUUUUUUUUUUUUUUUUUGGGGGGGGGGGGGGGGGGGGUGGGUUACCCUCCAGAAAAAAAGGGGUCCGGGGGCAUCCGCCAGAAACUCUUUAUUGAAAUCUGCUCAUUUUAACUAUUUUGAGACCUGAACAUUUUUAAAAAUGUGUCUUCACUUUCGUAAUUUAAUUUAAACUCUGAUGCAUAUCAUAAACGAAAACAAUAAUUUUUCACUGUCGUUUACGCACCGUCGGCAGAGUGGUGUGGAGGGGGGGAACAGAGCAGCCAUCACGCGAGCCCACAUCAAUACUGGCACUGGCUACACAGCUAGCCAAAAUAUUACUUGUAUUAUAAAUUAGGGAGUUUUAGUGAUUUGAAAAUGUGUUUGGUUUUAGAAACGGGGCAUUUUUUAGGAGUCCUGAGAGACUUUUUCGGGACAGCCGGUACGAUCGUGAAAAAAAGGGACAAUCCCGUUUUUACGGGGCUUUUGGUCACCAUGCUUUAACCGGACAUUUAAAAAAUAUCCCUUCUCGAGUCAUCAGUUCCUGGUAAUUCCUCUGCCACCCCCUCCAACUGACGGCGUAAACUACAUGUCCGUUAUUUCCCCACAGGGCCCUCCAACUCUACUCGGACUGCAUGAGACCGAAAAUAGAUGGAUGCCAAGGUGGAGCCAACGCAGCGUUCAGUGUCAUACUGAGCAAGUAUGCCAACGAGCCUUUUAAUUGUCGCCUGCUGGACUCCACCUCAACAAUCAAUGGUAAGGUUAAGUUCGUGAUCUGUUGUCUUCGUGUAGUUGCCUUGUAUGACAUCCUAAUCAGUGGUGAAUUUACAAAGUUGCCGUGUCCAGCAUUACUGCCCCUCUUUUCGAUACCUAAAUACAUUUCCUAUUGAUUAGAGACUAAAUCCAUCCCAAACCCACCCGACCCCCACCAAAAAAAUAAUCUUCAAAUUACCCCGUUUGGAAAACACUGCUAUAGAAACAAUCCCGUUUGAAAAACACUGCUAUAGAAACAAUCCCAUUUAGAAAAAACUGCUAUAGAAACAAUCCCAUUUGGAAAAAACUGCUAUAGAAACAAUCACGUUUGGAAAACACUGCUAUAGAAGCAAUCACGCAUAUAUAUAUAUAUAAAUUUUAAUAUAUAUACAUAUAUUAAAAUUUUUGUUUAAAACUCCAAAAAUGAUACCACUGGAAUAUCCAUUUACUGGAAAAUAGAUAUACUACACAAUAAAAUGUAAUCAUAUUCUACUAUAAACAUGAUAUUUACAACCAAAACAGACACCUCAAAUGCUUGUGAUGGAACAUAUUGAGACUCAACUCAAGACAAUUUAAUAUUUAUUUAGUAGAGCACUGGGAAAUUUUUAAGCUUUUUACAAGUUAACUUUCUUUAAAUUCCACACUGGCCCAUGAGUAAACGAAAUGACCCCACUUCCACGUUUUAAUAAAAACAAUCAGCUUCAGUUCUGCACUUUAUUAAGUACUAACUUACAUUUUUUUCUUAAAAGAGGGAUAGGGGUGUAAAAUAAAAAAGGGGGUGUGGGUGGAAAUGAAAGGGCAUAAAGAGAGAAAAGGAAAGACACAAAGUAUGGACCAUCUCUCAAAGACCACGAAACAGCACUGAACCAUUAUAUGAAUAGUCAAAUAGACACUUGGGUAAUAAUGAACACUUUCAUGUUUGGGAAGGGGGGGGGGGGGGGGGGGGAGACCUAAAAGAGACUUACGGGGGGAGGGGUGGUGAUGGGUAAUGGGUCUUUUCCAGGUCAUUGGACCAACACUAAUAGUUAUCAAGACAGUGUUAAAUAUUCCCUUUGAUUUUUAAAUGCUGCUUCAGCUACAUUUUCCAAAAUGACAUUCUCAUGUAUAUGUCCACAGAAGCCAACUCGUUUGCCCCAGACGGCACCAAACUCCACAAUGACUCAGCCAACAAGAAAGGCAACUUGGCAACCGCUGAUGAUUUCACUGGACCUUCCCACCAACAACCCUACGCCGUCGACAUCCUGGCCACCACCACACUGACGGUGGAUGUCACUCAGGAGGUCUCCUCCACAGCAGCCACCCCCGUGAAGGUGGACGACUCUGUGAGCCACAGCACGCCACACAAGAAGAGUUUUGACCCCCACAACGCGGCCCUGAGAGAAGCCCUGUCUACAGGACCUACGGUGCUGGCGGCGGUCAUGGUUCAUUGUUUCCUUUUCAUGGCAUUUCUUUAAAACAAAAUGCUCAAAUUUGUUCUUUAGGUUCUUAUUGACAGUGUUCAAAUGAGGAAAGAAAGAAACACACUCUCUUACAUAUUCCAUAACACACCCCUUACCCCCACGACAAUUUUAUUUUUAUACUAUAUUAUUAAAAGAAUCAAUCUUUAAAAAUGUGCCUUAACAGACAGUAUUGAUGGACUACCCCCCCCCCACCCCACUCCAUGGAUAACACACCCCUUACCCCCACGACAAUUUUAUUUUUAUACUAUAUUAUUAAAAGAAUCAAUCUUUAAAAAUGUGCCUUAACAGACAGUAUUGAUGGACUACCCCCCCCCCCACCCCACUCCAUGGAAAAUGAGAUUAUCCUACAUAAAAUUUAACUAACAUAAUUUGUUUAUUUUCCAUAUUGACAUUCUCGUGGCUAAGUCGCUUCCUCUCCUAUAUAAAGCAAUGGCAUAAGAUAAGAACAGAUGUAUAACUACAUCACUAGAUGCCAUAACUAGAAAAAGGGGGCUCCCUUUUUUUUUUUUUUUAAGGAGACUUGUCUACCACUGUUGGUGUAAGUGCACAAGCCCCUCACUUGAGAUACCUCAUUUUUUUGUUGUUGUUCAUUUUUUUUUCUCUAACCUCAUUGGUGUGUACUGUGUGUUAGUCUGUUCCCAUGAUUAAAUGUAAUGGCCAGAAAUACUAUUUCAUUAAGAAUGCUGCCAUGCUGGUGGGAGGGGAUGCUUGAGUAAAUAUAGAUUUUCUUCUCUAUUUAAUCUAUCAAACAGAAUUGAAUUGUUUUGGUCCAUGCUACUAAAUCACUGUUUCACAAAAUGAGUGAAUUCGUUAACCUUCAUAUUUCAUUACAGAAAACCUUGUACUGAGGAAUCAAUCUGUUAAUUUAUAAAUAUUGAAUCAUUAUAAAAGUGGCUAAUACAGGGGGUAUGUUUUCUUUAAAGGCUGGCAACAUAUGAAAGUUAAUUUUUUGGUCAUCAAAGUUUCAUUAGUGAGAUUUAUACCAGUAUUUAUUAAUUAAAGAACCUCUAAAAACAAAGUUUUUCGUAUAAAUGCUUUAUAUGCAUUCUUGCUUAUUUUAAUUUAUAUUAAUAUUAUAAUGACGCACCCGCUUUUACACUGCAGGUUUAUUUCACCAACUAUUUCAUAAAAACAAAAGAAAAUAUUAUGCACCAAACGCUGAUGCCAUAUUUUUCUUUAAGAAUCUCAUUCAGACUAGCGCAGUUAUCAGGAAUUUUAUUUUUUAAACAGUGGAAUCAUAUUUUCUUCCUCCUCCCCUUGAAAAACAGGAAAAACAGAUUUUUGGGGUUGUGGGUGAAAAUUUGAUAGAAUGUGUUGUCGCCCACAAAAAAUCUAUUGGCCAAGUUUCAGCUCGAUAGGUUUGAUAGAAAGUGGGUCAAUUAGCCAUCAGAAGAUUUUGCUCUAAACACACAAAAGCUAAGUUAAAAUAAAGGAUUUAAAAAUAGGUAUGAUGAAACAAUGUUUAAGAUUGAUGAGGCAAUGCUUAAGAUUGGCAAAACAAUGUUUAAGAUUGAUAAACAAUGUUUAAGAUUGAAAUGAGAAGGAAACAAAACAGCAAGAAAGUGUCCGUUUCCCCUGAAGUUUCAAAAACAGGAACCUGGUGCCAUAAACAAUCACAUUUUACAAAUUGUACGAAUAUUAUUGUUUGUAAUUAUUUUUGGUUCAUACAAUUUUAAAUAUAAAAGUAUUAUUUUGCAAUUUACAUGAACAUUUUUUUUGGAUUGUGAAGUAAUGAUAAAGCUCUAGUUGAGAAUAAUAGGAAAAUGAAAUACUGUGACGAAACAUGGCUGACAGUAAAUGACUCACACAAUGUCAAUAACAUAGCAUUCAAAUCAAAGAGAGGAUGGUGAGAAGCUGUACACUGAAGUCCCGUCAUGUGCCUCAUCAGUUCAUGAUGAACAACAUGAACAGCCCCCAAGUAAAUAUGUUGCUGUACUUUUAGGUUUGUGUUUUAUAUAUUAAGACUUGUCAUUGUGACCUCCUUUAUUUUCUUCUUAAAUACUUUUCAAUUCAAUAUGCAGGUACUCCCUGAUUUGCAAAAAAAGCUCUGUUUGUAAAAGUAUUUAUCUUGCACUUAUGUUUGUUUUGUGUUUAACACCUGGGAUACAUUAAUGUACAUGUGUUAGAAGUUGUCAUUUUGACAAAUGAAAAUCAUGUAUUGGAAAUGAAAUGCAUUUUAUUAUAAUGAAUGUUUUUAAAAAAAUAUAUAUAUUUUGUCUACAUCACCAUUGAAAAAUACAACUGAAAAAACCCCACUAUGAAAUCAUGCUAAGAAACAGAAGUAAUCAUACCAGUUAAUUUUUAUGAAACACUGAAAUUAACUUUAAAUCAUUUUAAACUUUUUAAUUGACAUAUGCCAGAAAAUAUCAGUUGAUAUCAGGAAAUAUCAGUUGAUAUCAGGACAUAUCAGUCAUAUACCUUAAGAAAACAUGACUCACCAAACUACCCAUCCUUUUCUCAGUGUUGUCAAAAAGAUUGUUUUAAUGCCUAGAUUUCUAAAGCUGGUCACUAUAAUUGAUUUUCCAUGUCUCAAAUUAUCUCCCUUAUUAUUGUUGGGUAGUUUUGAAUCUAAACUUUAAUUAAAUAUGUGUCUAACCUUUAAAUUAUGGUUUCACAAUUUAUUAUAAUCCAACAAUGUUUAACUGUUUUGACAUAGCAUUUUAAACAUAAAUAAAAUUAUCUUUACCAAAAAAAAAAGAAAUUUUGAUUCUCAAUAAAUUGAAAACUUUAUGUGUGACAAAAUUUCAUUCUAAGUUUUACUUUUCAUACUUAAUAAAUAGCUGGCAAUUUUUUUUAUACUCAAUAUUUUUUUCAUAUUGUGAAUGAUCUCAGUGUUACUCAAAGCAAGUAGGAAAUUUAAAGGGGAAAAAUUUGCUCUAUGGAUGGAGCCAUCAGCUGACAUCAGUACAACUACAAGAUCCAGCUACAAGGCAGACAACUAAUUACAUUUUUUUAGACAAUGGACCAACUGUACCAAUGAAUGUUAUCA